GUUUUCCAGCGUCGUUGGUAUGUCUGCCGACAGAAAUGCGAACAUGAGAGAGAGAGAGAGAGAGAGAGAGAGAGAGAGAGAUUUCUUCUUAUAGUGUAAGCUUAGUUUCUUUGUUUUAACACACGAAUGGAUUUCUGCCGGAAUGUAUCGGUUUCAGGCGGCUUGCCGUCUGACUACCCGCCGGAGCCGGUUAUUUCUCAGGCCAGUUCUAAGCUUGAUGAGUUCUUCCCUGGUGAGAAUAAGGAAAACGACGUGGGCCUUGAAUGGCUCUCUCUCUUCCUAGAGGACUGCUUCUCCAGCACUGCGAACCCCAUUUCCCAAUGCAUUCCAAUCCCAAUCCCCAACCAAACACCCCCACCUCCCCCAACAAAACCCAAAUCCCCAAAAUGCCCCUCCUCCACUCUCCACCGUCUAGUCAUCCCUGCCAAGGCCAGAACAAAGAGGAGGAGGCCCACCACAGCAACGGCCCCAACAACCCCUUUUAGUGGUGGGGCCCACAGUCACGUGCGUGGCCACCCCCUCCGUAUGAUCCCCUCAGACCCGCCUUUACUCCACCAAGCGUACUGGCUGGCAGAGAGCGAGCUGCUUGUCCCCAACAAGAAGAAAGUAGAAGGAGAGGAAGAGAAUACGGGUAUCAGUUCGGGUAUCAGCUCGGAUGGUAGCUCGGGUAGCAGCCUCGGGCAAGGAAGGAGGUGCACUCAUUGCAUGUCACAGAGGACCCCACAAUGGCGGGCAGGGCCUUUGGGUCCGAAGACAUUGUGCAAUGCCUGUGGAGUGAGGUUCAAGUCGGGUAGACUGUUGCCCGAAUACAGACCCGCUAAGAGUCCUACUUUUGUCAGCUACAAGCACUCCAAUUCUCAUAAGAAAGUCAUGGAAAUGAGAAUGUCAAUGUAAUAAUGUAAAUCAUGUAGAAAAAAGAAAAGAUAGGGUAAAAUAGUAAUUGUCUUAGCUUUUUUUUUUUUUUUCCUUCCUUUAUUUAUUGUUAUUAUAUUUUAAUCUACAUGAUGGGGUUAUAUGUAAGUUUUCAAAUAUUAAGUGGUUAAUUAUCUUCUAAGAGAGUUAUUUGAUA